AUGGCGGAAGGACGCAGAGAACAGCCGCCCCAUCCUCUCCUCUCCUUACCACCGGCCAGCAAGCGACCCUGCCUGCGCCCUGCUCCCCGAGGUCCCGGUCCGGGGCCCGGGCACGGCAGCGGGUGGCCCAGCUCCCGGCUUCGUUCCCCGGAGUCUCUUCUGGACUGCGCGGCGAAGGCAGUAGCGGAAAAGUGGGCCUUCGAGAGAGUAGAGGAGCGCUUCGAGCGGAUCCCGGAGCCCGUCCAGCGCCGCAUCGUCUACUGGUCUUUUCCCCGCAACGAAAAGGAGAUAUGCAUGUACUCUUCGUUUCAGUGCCGAGUAGCCGGCGAGGAGGGUCCGUCGGCGGCUACCGGCGGGGCUGGGGGUGCAGGGUCCGGAGCUACAACCGCCGGCGGUGGCGGAGGAUCUACCGGUACGACGGCUACCGUGGGGGCAGCCGGAGCUGUGGGAACGGGAGACGGGCUGCCUUUCCGCCGGGGUAUCAGGCUACUAGAGACCGGCUGUGUGGAAAACGUUUUACAAGUCGGGUUUCACCUCAGUGGCACAGUAACUGAACCCGCCACAUCUUCAGAUCCAGAGGUCACCCACAAGGUGGCCAUCAGCUUCGACCGAUGCAAAUCACCAUCUGUCACCUGUGGUUGCGGGAACAGAGACAUUUUCUACUGCGCCCAUGUGGUGGCGCUCUCUCUUUACAGGAUUCGCAAGCCUGAACAGGUGAAGCUGCGGUUGCCUAUCUCAGAGACGUUGUUCCAGAUGAACAGAGAUCAGCUGCAGAGCUGGUGGCAGUACCUGAUCACGGCCCACCACACCGAGGUGCUGCCCACCGCUCAGAAACUGGCAGACGAGAUCCUCUCCUCCAACUCUGAGAUCAACCAGGUCCACGGUGCUCCGGACCCGACUGCAGGCGCCAGCAUUGAUGAUGACAACUGCUGGCAUCUGGAUGAGGAUCAAGUCAGGGAGCAAGUCAAACAGUUUCUGUCACAGGGAGGAUACUAUGGCUCUGGGAAGCAACUCAACUCCAUGUUCGCGAAGGUGAGGGAGAUGCUACGAAUGCGAGACUCCAACGGAGCCCGAAUGCUGACGCUCAUAACGGAACAGUUUAUGGCAGACCCUCGAUUGUCGCUAUGGAGACAGCAAGGCACGGGCAUGACAGACAAGUGUCGGCAGCUCUGGGAUGAACUUGGUGCAUUGUGGGUGUGCGUGGUGCUAAACCCCCACUGUAAGAGCGAGGAGAAGACCGGCUGGCUGAAGCAGCUGAAGAAAUGGGGCGACAUGGACAUCUGCCCGCUGGAGGAUGGCAACUACGGCAGCGAGCUUCCUAACAUCACCAACGCUCUGCCGCAGAGCAGCCUGGCACAGGACUCUCUGACCAGGCCGAGGAGGUCGGUGUUCAGCCGAGCCGUGGAGGCUUGUGACCUCCACUGGCAGGACAGCCACCUCCAGAGGAUCAUCAGCAGCGACCACUACAUGUCUCCAUCCUACCAGAGGGAGGGAGAGAGCCUGCUGUUCAACCCCCAGGGCCUGCCGUUGUGGCUCGACCACGUCCCGACGGCUUGCGCUCGCGUCGACGCCCUGCGUUCCCACGGCUACUCCAGGGAGGCAUUACGAUUGGCCGUCGCCAUCAUCAACACACUCCGCCUUCAGCAGCACAGACAGAUGGACAUCUACAAACACCAAAAGAAAGAUCUCCUCCAGAGGGGCGUGACCUCCACCACCAACCUGGAGGGCUGGGUGGGUCAUCCCUUAGACCCGAUUGGCUGUCUGUUCGUCACCCUCACCGAAACCUGCCGUGUGGACGACGACAGCACCAUGGAUACGGGAGAUGGUGACCUCAGGCCUCCGGUCUACCACCAUGUUCCCGUGUGGGGCAGCUCUGAUGGAGGGGAGUCAUACCUGACUUUGGCCUUAGAGGUAGCUCUGAUGGGAAUGGGCCAGCAGAGGAUAAUGCCAGAGGGUCUCUACGCUCAGGAUAAGGUGUGUCGUAACGAGGAGCAGAUUGUCGUGAAACUUCAAGAACUCGAGCUAGACGACCUCCUGGUUCAGACUCUUCGGAAACAGUCCGUCCAGCUACUAGAAGCUGGUCCGUUCAGCGGUCUAGGUGAGGUCAUCCACAGGGAGAGUGUUCCCAUGCACACCUUCGCUAAGUACCUCUUCACCGCUCUGCUGCCACACGACGCAGACAUGGCAUACAAGGUGGCUCUGCGCGCCAUGAGGUUGCCGGUGCUGGAGUCCUCCGCAGGCUCCGGGGACGGGGGGCACCCUCACCACGGCAUCUCCAUCGUUCCCAGUAGAUACCCGCGCUGGUUCACUCUGGGUCACUUGGAGUCCCAGCAGUGUGAGCUGGCCUCCACCAUGCUCACUGCUGCUAAAGGUGACAUGUUGAGGUUGCGCACGGUGCUGGAGGCGAUCCAGAAGAACAUCCACUCCUCUUCCUUAAUCUUCAAACUGGCCCAGGACGCCUUUAAAAUCGCCACCCCCGCAGACAACCCGCCCGAUAUAACUCUGCUCAACGUGGCAUUGGAGCUAGGCCUUCAGGUGAUGAGGAUGACUCUGUCCACACUGAACUGGAGAAGGAGAGAGAUGGUUCGAUGGCUAGUAACCUGUGCCACUGAAGUCGGUCUGCGGGCGUUGGUGAGCAUCCUCCAGAGCUGGUACACUCUCUUCACGCCGACCGAGGCCACCAGCAGCGUGGCGGCCACCGUCAUGUCCCACAACACCAUCCUGCGCCUCAGCCUGGACUACCCCCAGCGCGAGGAGCUGGCCAGCUGCGCCAGGACCCUCGCCCUGCAGUGCGCCAUGAAGGACCCCCAGAACUGUGCCCUGUCCGCCCUGACGCUCUGCGAGAAGGACCACAUCGCCUUCGAGACGGCCUACCAGAUCGUGAUCGACGCGGCGUCUACGGGGAUGACCUACUCCCAGCUGUUCACCAUCGCGAGGUACAUGGAGCACCGGGGGUACCCUCUGCGGUCCUUCAAGCUGGCCUCCCUCGCCAUGACCCACCUCAACCUGGCCUACAACCAGGACACGCACCCAGCCAUUAACGACGUGCUCUGGGCUUGCGCGCUCAGCCACUCCCUGGGUAAAAACGAACUCGCCGCCAUCAUCCCCCUGGUGGUAAAGAGCGUGCACUGCGCCACGGUGCUGUCCGACAUCCUGCGGCGGUGCACCAUGACCGCACCGGGCCUCGCCGGCAUUCCCGGGAGAAGGAACUCUGGGAAGCUAAUGUCAACGGACAAAGCGCCAUUGCGGCAGCUCCUAGACGCCACAAUCUCGGCGUACAUCAACACCACGCACUCUCGACUGACGCACAUCAGUCCGCGGCACUACGGAGAGUUCAUAGAGUUCCUGAGCAAAGCACGGGUGACUUUCCUGCUGGCACAGGACGGCCACAUCCAGUUAGCCCAGUUCAUAGACAACCUGAAACAGAUCUACAAGGGCAAGAAGAAACUGAUGAUGUUGGUCAGGGAGCGCUUCGGCUGA